AUGGGCAAAUGCAAGUUAAAUUGGCCCAUUAUACAUCCUUCGGAAGAGCAAGAGUUCAUGACUAAAGGCUUUAUAGCUUUUAGCGUACUUCAAUUUAUUGCAAUUACGAUUUUGUGCUCGAUAUCAAUUAAUAAAGUUGCCAAAACAAACAUCACAUCCUUUUUCCCUGUCGAUUUAGAAACAUUAUUUAUAGCUAUUAUCUUCCUUGCUGUUAUUCUUCUUGUCGUCGGCUGGUCAUCAGCAAGAAAUAACAAUACUUGCAUAUGGCUCUUAUUCCAUGCUUUUAACUCAGUAAUGCUCAUCGUCGAAAUCAUUGUAUGCUUAAUGAGUUCUAAUUUACAGGGUUUCACAAAAAGCUUCUCAGUCGAAUGGUUAAAAGCUGAUGAAGCCGUCAAGAAAGAAAUUCAGGUCGAUCUUCGUUGCUGCGGUCUGACCAAUAUUACAGAUCAUGAAGUACUUCCAUGCCCUCACGGAGCAGAAGAAGGUUGUAUCGUUCAAAUUACAAAGCUGAUGACUACAAUCAAGAACGCAGCUUCUAUAGCUAUGUUCGUUUGCUUCACAUUUGGCCUAUUUAUAGACUUCCUUGGCUGUGCAAUUUGCUUCCAUCCUGAUGUUAUUAAUUUCGAGGAACACGAAAAGGAAUUGGCUAGAUCAGAAGGAGUUUUCGAUAUAGACUCCUUUGAAAAUCCAUUUGUUUCAGAAAUACAAGCUAUUAAUAUCUAG